GAGGCAGGGGGCGGGGGGACCGUCAUUCCCUGCUCACUGACCGUGGAGGAGGCAGCUCGCAUUCUUCUCCUGUCGCACCGCGGCAUCACUUACAGGUUCAUUCACAAUCUGACUGGGCUUUUUUUUUUUUUUAUUUAAAACAAAACAUCUUCACCUUAAGGCUCAGUGUUAUUUUCAUUUAACUGUCAUCCAUGAGAUUCUUCAGGCUAUCCUUCAAGUGCUUCGUCGACUGCUUUUGAAUCUCCUUUGUCAACGGCUGUGAACUGACUGCGGCGCCUUGUUAACAUUUUUUCCAUCUCUUCUUGGCUGAGCUGAGGGUUUCCAUCGUGUGAUAUUCUUAAAAAAACUGAGAUUGUAUUUCAUUCAAGAGGGCGAAAUAACAAACUCAGAAUAUCAAGGAGGGCAACUGGAGCACUGCACACUGUGGCUACAUCUCUGUGUCUGCCUGUCUGAGCCCGCCGGAUGCCUUUCUAGCCAGGCACAUUGAAAAAAUAAAAAAAAACUCCUGGCUUUUCCAACAGCCAAGCUUUUUUAAAAAUAUAUAAAUAUAUAUUUUUUAAUUUGUGCCGCUACCCUUCAACAUGUCACCUGAGUUAGAAGAGACCAGCCAAGGUGAAAUCAGUCUCCCCCAAUUAGAGGCCGGGACCUUGUCAGAGGAGGAGGGCGGGUCAGCUCGCCCCCUGGUGCCCGUGCCUGGAGCGGGCCCAGGGUGUGGUGCAGGUGGAGGGGCUGGCCCGCCGCAGACCCAGGACGGGACUGCAUCUGGGACUGGAAAUGGGGCUGUCGCAGUUCCAGUGGUGGAGAGAGAAACCUGGACCAGACAGAUGGACUUCAUCAUGUCCUGCGUGGGAUUUGCAGUCGGCUUGGGCAAUGUGUGGCGGUUCCCUUACCUUUGCUACAAGAAUGGAGGAGGAGUAUUUCUCAUCCCCUACCUUCUAAUUGUGUUCAUCGGUGGAAUCCCAGUCUUCUUCCUGGAGAUUGCACUGGGGCAGUUUAUGAAGCAGGGAGGCGUCUCGGCCUGGAACAUCGCACCCCUCUUCAAAGGUCUGGGUUUGGCCUCAAUGGUCAUAGUGUUCUUCUGCAACACCUACUACAUCAUGAUUUUGGUGUGGGGCCUCUACUUUCUCUUCCACUCCUUCACUAACCCUCUGCCCUGGGCCACCUGUGGACACCCCUGGAACACCCCCAACUGUACACAGGACUUCCGCCGUGCCUGCCACAACCGCAGCGCUGCCCAGUCUGCUCUGCCGUCACCUGAUUCCACCCCCUCAAACCUCCUUGCCUCAACCUCGUCCCCGUUGAACCUGUCCUCAGCCCAGCUCCUCCUCAAUGGCAGCUGCAUGGAGACAGAGGGCAUGCGCUCCCCAGUCAUCGAGUUCUGGGAACGUAAAGUACUUCGUCUUUCUGGUGGGCUUCACGAACCUGGUGACAUCAGCUAUGAGAUGGUACUGUGUCUUUUAGCCACUUGGGUCAUUGUUUACUUCUGCAUGUGGAAAGGAGUCAAAUCUACUGGCAAGGUUGUGUACUUCACUGCUCUUUUCCCCUACCUUGUUCUGGUUGUUCUUUUGGCCCAUGGAGUCACUCUACCUGGAGCUAUAGAUGGGAUUGUUUACUACCUGAAACCAGACUGGUCAAAACUUGGAGAAGCGCAGGUGUGGAUUGAUGCCGGGACUCAGAUUUUCUUCUCUUAUGCCAUUGGACUGGGAGCCCUGACUGCGCUGGGCAGCUACAACCGCUUCCAUAACAACUGUUACCAGGAUGCUUUCCUGUUGGCUAUUAUAAACAGUGGAACCAGUUUCUUUGCAGGCUUCGUGGUGUUCUCUGUGCUGGGCUUCAUGGCUGCAGAGCAAGGCGUGGACAUCAGUAAGGUAGCAGAGAGUGGUCCUGGCCUGGCAUUUAUAGCCUAUCCCAAGGCAGUGACUCUGAUGCCUCUGGCGCCACUCUGGGCAGCACUUUUCUUCUUUAUGUUGCUCAUACUGGGCCUGGACAGCCAGUUUGUAGGGGUGGAGGGUUUGAUAACGGGAAUCAUGGACAUGCUACCCCCCAAAUCUGCCCUUGGCUCCCUGCGACGAGAAGUGGUAGCAGCCAUCUGCUGCGUCAUCUGCUUCCUCAUCGACAUGUCCAUGGUCACUGAGGGAGGGAUGUAUGUCUUCCAGCUGUUUGACUACUACUCUGCCAGUGGCAUCACCCUGCUGUGGCAGGCCUUCUGGGAGUGUGUGGUGAUUGCGUGGGUCUAUGGCGCAGACCGUUUCAUGGACGACGUGGCCCGUAUGAUAGGCUAUCAGCCUCUACCCUACAUGAAGUGGUGCUGGUCCUACAUCACGCCUUUUGUCUGUGUGGCAGUGUUCCUGUUCCAUGUCGUGAACUACAAGCCCCUUACCUACAACACAGUGUACACUUAUCCCUUGUGGGGUGAAGUGCUUGGCUGGGCGUUGGCUCUGUCUUCAAUGCUCUGUAUCCCUCUUACCGUUCUGUUCAAACUUCUGCGCUGCAAAGGAUCUUUGCGGGAGCGGUGGCAGCACCUUACCACCCCAGUUUGGGGUAGACAUCACCUAGAGUACCUGGCCCCUGAGAGCGAGGCCAAAUUGCUGCCCCCGGCAGGCACCAAGAGUACGCUUCUCUUUGAAAGUGUCAUCUGAUGAGCUGAGCCCUACAGAACACAGAGCAAAGGUCACCCCUGACAUUAACACACACAUUUACACACAUUCACUCACGCACACCCACAUACACGAACACACAAGCUAUUCAAAAUACUUGUACUCCACACAUGCCUGGUAAGAGCAAAGCCCAGAUUUAUUUAACAACUCACAGAUUUAAAGCUAAGGAAAAGCCCUGGACAAAUGGACCAAAGAAUAGACGGGAGAAGAACUGAAACACACACCCUCACCCAUACAGUCAUCAUCACACGCUGUUAAACCCUCUGCUCUGCUUUCUGACUCUACCUCGCUGACUCUCCCCUCUCUCUCUCUCUUUCUCUCUCUCUCUCUCUGCUCCCUGCCUUUGUGCUGUUCUGUCUUGUCUCGUCCUGUGGGUGUUGUGUAUCCGGUGUAGUUGUGAUAUCUUACCUUUCUGUCCCUGUUUGUCAGGGUUUUUAACUGCCUCAUUCAUCCCAACAUGUUAUGUCCUUUUGUGCUAAAUGAGCAGAAACUUAAAAAUAUUCUGAUAAAACUUUCUUUAUGAAAGACCUCAUAUCUGCUGCUGAUUUGCCAUGGUCUGAAUGUGUGUGAGUUUGUAUGUGCACAAUGUUUUUUGUAUCUGUACCCUUGGUUUGUCUGUGUGUGUGUGUCUGUGUGUGUGUGUGGGCCUGCGGAUGUGUCCUUGAGAAGCAGUGUGUGUUGGACCAUGGCUGUAGUGUCUUCAUUUAUAUGUGAGAUAGCCUAUCUGGCUUGUAUUUCUGCCAACUGUAUUCUCUCAAUCAACUGUACAAAAACAACUUCCAUUUGUAAAAAAAAAUAUUGAUAAUAAUCAAAAAGAGACAAUGCAUCACCACUUCCAGCUGUGUGUUAUGAACUAUCUUAAAUAUCCAGUGUAUUGUAGGGUCUGUGAAUCAGUGUUAAUAUUUGGAGGGGAUGAUGGUCAUUAUUUCCACCUUAAGAGGAGAAACUUGAGACUGAACUGUACAAAGUGCAGGAGAGUUGGACAAGGGGAGGGGAAAGAGACUUGAUGCCAUGUCAGGAAAGAAGCAGCAAUAAAUGACCUGAUGGAGAUGGAA